AUGCAUGGUAUCUUUGUUGAUGAGUCGCCACAUGCCUGGUCGAGUGCUGCCUUUGCUUACUCGGAGACUGUCGACUUGGCCAUUAAGAAUGCAGCUGGCCUCGCCGGACCAAGACUUGUCAUACAUAAUGCUGGAAUCGUUCCCGACACGAGAUUUCUCGCGGGUGCCAAUAUCGAUGCCAGCAUCGUAUCGUCGCAAACCUAUGCCGACUGGCAGUCUUCUGGGCCUGCGAGCGUUGCAGCACUUGGAACCAGCCACCUUGGUGUGAUGCUCAACUCGGUCCCAAUCAUGACCAAGACGGCUCUGGCAUCAUUUGUCAGCUCGGUCAACAAUGUUGCACAGUACAUUUACAUUACCAACCUCUCUAGCAACAUUUAUGGAUCGUUUGGGUCCGACUGGUUUGAUUUUGUUGUAGUGACUGGAACGAGCACGUCAACCACGGCUUCUGCCAGCUCCUUGACAAGCACUUCAGCCAUGGCGUCCAUGACGAUUGUGGUCCCGCUGUACAUUUACCCCAUUGCCGAUAUAUCGUGGGCCAAACUUUUUACAGCCAUCGAACUUCGCCUAGACGUGUCAUUUAUUGUCGUAAUCAACCCGAACAGCGGUCCCGGAAGUGGAACAGCUCCGGACUACUACUAUGGACCGGCGAUAGCCAAGCUGAACACCUAUGCCAAUGUACAGACCGUUGGAUACGUUAGAACAGACUACACUCGAAGGGAUAUCGACGCCGUUAUUGCGGAUGUCGAGACAUAUGCUGGAUGGUCCUCUAUUUCAAGCACGUAUACCAUGCAUGGAAUCUUUUUUGACGAGGCUCCGUACGAGUUUAAUCAAGAUUCCGUGACUUAUAUGGAAACUAUCGACGCGCUAGUCAAGAGCUCUACGGGCUUGAAGGGCGCAAAGACGGUUAUUCACAACCCAGGAACCAUUGUCGACCCCGCCUACCUCGUGGAUACCAAUCUCGACUUUACCUUUGUCUUUGAGCACGACUAUGACACCUGGAUGAAUUCCCAGGCGGCUGCAGUGGCGGCACUUCCGGCAGCCAGAGGAAAGUAUGCUCUCAUGGUGAAUUCGGUGCCGACCAUGACCACGACCCAGCUGCGAUCUUUCGUCGCCUCGCUUUCAACCGUAUCGCAGUACAUUUUCUUGACGGAUCUCGAGGUCGACAUUUAUGAGUCUUGGGGUACCGACUGGCUUAGCUUUGUCGCAGUUGCAAACACUUAG